CCCCUCUCAUUUCCCACCUCUCCUUGCCACCCCCUUUCUAGGGUUUCUCUCUCUCUCUCUCUCUAUCUCUUAUCUCUGCAAGAUGAUGCAGGCCUCUGCAACCGGCAUGGUCCCUCCCCCACUCGAUCAGCAGCAGCAGUACCAAUACCAGCAGCAGCAGCAGCAGCAGCAGCAGCAACCGUCGCAGCAGCCGCCGCCGCCCUACAUGAUGAUGCCCCAGGCCCCUCCCCCGCCGCAGAUGUGGGCCGCCCAGCCCCAGCCCGCGAUGCCCCAGCAGGGCACUCCCCCCGCCGGCGCCGACGAGGUCCGCACCCUCUGGAUCGGGGACUUGCAGUACUGGAUGGACGAGAGCUAUCUCGCCAGUUGCUUCGCCGCCACCGGAGAGGUGGCCAACGUAAAGGUUAUCAGGAACAAGCAAACAAUGCAACCAGAAGGUUAUGGUUUCAUUGAGUUUUACACUCGGGCAGCGGCUGAAAGAGUACUACAGACGUACAAUGGUGCCAUCAUGCCCAAUGGUGGGCAGAGCUUUAGACUAAACUGGGCUAGUGCUGGUGAAAAGCGUGCGGAUGAUACCCCUGAAUAUACAAUUUUCGUGGGGGACUUGGCUUCAGAUGUUACGGACUACAUGUUGCAAGAGAUGUUCAGGGGACGCUAUCCUUCUGUUAGGAGCGCAAAAGUAGUAAUGGACAGGCUUACGAGCCGUACAAAGGGUUAUGGGUUUGUUAAGUUUGGAGAUGAAAGUGAGCAGAUACGUGCUAUGAGUGAGAUGAAUGGAGUCUUCCUUUCGACAAGACCUAUGCGAAUUGGACUUGCAACAAACAAGAAGAUUGCUACUGGGCAACAGUAUCAAAAAGCAUCUUACCAGAACACUCAAGUUACUCCAAAUGAGACUGAUCCCAAUAAUAAAACUGUAUUUGUUGGUGGUCUAGAUCCCAAUGUGACCGAUGACCACUUGAGACAAGUUUUUGGACAGUACGGUGAAAUUGUCCAGGUGAAAAUACCACCUGGGAAGCGGUGCGGAUUUGUUCAGUUUGGCGAUAGAAGCUGUGCGGAGGAAGCUUUGCGAAUGUUGAAUGGAACCCAGCUGGGAGGACAAAGCAUUCGGCUGUCAUGGGGACGGAGUCCUGCAAACAAACAGCCCCAGUCAGAUCCGAACCAGUAUGGAGGGUAUUAUGGAUACGCCGCUGGUUACGAAAACUAUGGAUAUGGUGCAGCUUCGCAAGAUGCUAACAUGUACUAUGGCGGUUACGCUGGAUAUGCAAAUUAUCAGCAGCCCCAGCAGCAGCAGCAGCAGCAACAGCAACAACAAUUAGGUUAUAGUUGAGAAUUUGGCAAAUCUCGGGGUAUUCUGUCAUUGUGCUUAUCCCGUAAAUGGAAGCUGCGCUCCUCUCUACCUUCUCUCUUUCUUGCCUAUUGCGAGCCUUUUUUAGUUUGUCGUCUUAGAGUUUAUGCACCGACAUAAACCUUGGAAUCUUUUGUCCGAAUAUCUCAUAUGUUGUACUGCCUUCUUUUUGUGUUCUUGAUGCGUUUUUUCCCCCUCGGGUAUUUCCAUAAUAUCUUGUGUUACAUGUGACGUUAUUGUAGCUGACUAGAUUAAAUAGAGUGGCAUGUUAAUCUUC